CAGCCGCAUUUGUAGUGACAAUGUAAUUUCUUCUGUAGAUUUCAGAGACAAAAACCAUGAGCCCCAAACAUGUUAUCUUCAAGAAACUCUCCCGUGAUAAGUCGGUUGGGGUAUACAUGGCCAAGAGGGACUUUGUGGAUCACUGUGACUCUGUCGACCCUGUUGAUGGAGUUGUGCUGAUUGACCCUGUACAGGUCAAAGGAAAGAAAGUGUUUGUCAUGCUGUCCUGCACGUUCCGGUAUGGCAGAGAUGACAUGGACGUGAUGGGUGUGGCCUUCCGCAGGGACAUCUUUCUGACCACACGCCAGGUGUACCCCGAACUGCAGGACAAGGAAAGGAGCGUACACACCAAGAUGCAGGAGAAACUACUGCGCAAGCUGGGAGACAAUGCCAUUCCCUUCUUCUUUGAGUUCCCAGACAACCUGCCGUGCUCUGUGUGUCUGCAGCCGGCUCCAUCCGAUGUGGGCAAGCGCUGCGCUGUCGAGUUCGAAGUAAAGGCUUUCUGUGCCGAGAACCAAGACGAGAAAAUCGAAAAGCGGAGCUCUGUGCGUCUGGCCAUCCGUAAGAUCCAGUACGCUCCGGAGGAUAAUAAGACCAUCCCGUCCUCAGAGAUCACCUGUGAGUUCCUCAUGUCAGACAAGCCCCUGCAUAUGCAGGUCAGCCUGGAGAAAGAGACAUACUACCAUGGUGAACCAAUCAAGGUCAGUGUCAACAUCAACAACAGCUCCAGCAGAUCACUGAAAGACAUCACUGUUGCAGUGGAGCAGGUGACCAACGUGGUACUUUAUUCCAAUGACAAGUACGUAAGGGCAGUUGCCCUUGAAGAGACCUCAGAUACAGUGCCCUCUGGAACAACCCUGAAGAAGGUGCACACUCUCAUUCCUCUAUUGGCUGCCAACAAGGAAAGACGAGGUAUUGCGCUGGACGGGAAACUGAAGCACGAGGACACCUGUCUGGCUUCCUCGAGCAUUGUGAAGGAGGAAGUCCUAAAGGAAGUGCAGGGUAUGCUCGUGUCCUACAAAGUGGUGGUUAGGCUCAAUGCUUCCGGGUGAGUAUGUGAAUCUUCUAUAGCUAGCCAUAGCAUA